AUGGAUACGCUGCCUGAUCCUCAGUCGAAGUCUUCAUCAAAUGUAUCUCCACACAGAAGAGACAAGUCGCGUGAUAGUUUAGUGUACCUCACAACAUGUAUGAUUGGGCAUCUUGUGGAAGUGCAUCUAAACAACGGAUCGGUUUAUAGUGGUAUAUUUCAUGCUGCAGAUGUUGAGAGUGAUUUUGGAAUUGUUCUAAAGAUGGCGUCCUUGAUCAAAGACUGUACUUUACGAGGUCAUAAAUCCCGUUCCGAUUUUUUCAGAAAGCCACCUUUCAAGACGCUCAUUAUUCAUGCAGAUGAACUUGUACAAGUUGUAGCUGAGGACCUCUCCGUAUCCAGUGACGGCAUGUUAAAUGCCGUUCAGAGUGAGAAGCCGGUGGAGCUGUUGACGGACUCUUCUAUAUCAAAGUCUCGUCAUGUUGAUCUGGGAAGAGAGCUAAUACCCUGGGAACCUGAUGGAAAUGUUCCUCAGGGCCUUGAUAAUGUUUUUGAUCAAACUUGGAAUAGGGGAUGGGAUCAAUUUAAGGUGAAUGAGUCACAGUUUGGAGUAAAGAGCACUUACGAUGAGGAACAAUAUACCACAAAACUUUCAAGUACUCAGACUAGAGAGCUGGAAGAGAGAGCCCGGAGAAUUGAGAGAGAGAUUGAGGGUGAAAAUACUGGAGAUGGUCAUGUAGCAGAGGAAAGAGGCCUUCAGCUUAAUGAGAAAUCUGAUAUUGACGAGGAAACUAAAUACUCAGCAGUCCGUCGAGAUGAUAGUAGGUUUGAUGGGGAAGACGACAAAUUGCUGGACACUUGCAAUGAUCAGACUUUUGGUGGUUCAUCUACUUCUGGCGUCCAGAAAUCAGCUUCUUCUAGUGGCAAGGGCUAUGAAGACGUACUGGGUGACAGUCAGCCUUCUCGGAAUAAUACAGUCAGCAGCAGUAUCAGUGAGAGCCAACUGGGUGAGCGAAGAGAGAACAAUAACCCAGAGGUUCCCCACAGUAGCAGAUCCGCUGAAGAAUCAGUUUCUGGUCAUGGCGUGAGUGUAGAGAACUGGAAUACAGAUAUCGAAGAAGGUGCAAAAUUUGGUGGUGGUGGAACCUCGGCGUCGAAGACUGUUGCUGAGAGAGAAAGGCAAGACAGUCAAGUUUCUGACAAAACAAACUCUGAAAGCUCUUUUGGGCAGUCGGAUUCUAGAAGUUCAGAGAGCCGCCCAGCUUCUUCGACACCAAGUCGUCCUGGACUACCGCCAAGCUCGUCAAUUGGUUCUUUGUCCUCAUCAGAAAAGUCCACUCUUAAGCCAGAUGCACAGUUCAAACAGUUUGAGGCUGCAAUGGAUCCUGAUCCUCAGUCAAAGUCUUCAUCAAAUGUAUCUCCACACAGAAGAGACAAGUCGCGUGAUAGUUUAGUGUACCUCACAACAUGUAUGAUUGGGCAUCUUGUGGAAGUGCAUCUAGAAAAUGGAUCGGUUUAUAGUGGUAUUUUUCAUGCUGCAGAUGUAGAGAACGAUUUUGGAAUUGUUCUAAAGAUGGCAUCCUUGAUCAAAGACUGUACUUUACGAGGGCAUAAAUCCCGUUCCGAGUUUUUCAGAAAGCCACCUUUCAAGACGCUCAUUAUUCCUGCAGAUGAACUUGUACAAGUUGUAGCUGAGGAUCUCUCCGUUCAGAGUGAGAAACCGGUGGAGCUGUUGACGGACUCUUCGAUAUCAAAGUCUUGUCAUGUUGAUCUGGGAAGAGAGCUAAAACCCUGCGAACCUGAUGGGAUUCCUUCUCCGGAUAAUACCAAUGUAGAUAAAAGCUGUUCGGUAUCUGGUGAUGAAGCUCGACACUUUCCUGCCCCAGGCAGCAGCAGUAACAGUGAGAGCCAACUGGAUGAGCGAAGAAAGAACAAUAACCCAAAGGUUUCCCACAAUAGCAAUGUUCAACUCCGUGUUGAUUAUGCCUUUACAGAUAUCAAAGAAGGUGCAGAAUUUAGUGGUGGUGGAACCUCGGCGUCAAAGACUGUUGCUGAGAGAGAAAGGCAAGUCAGUCAAGUUUCUGGCAAAACAAAAUCUGAAAGCUCUUUUGAGCAUUCGGAUGCUAGAAAUUUACAUAGGCGCUCAGCUCCUUCGACACCAACCCGUCCUGGAAUACUGCCAAGCUCGCCAAUUGGCUCUUUGUCCUCAUCAGGAAAGUCCCCUCUUAAGCCAGAUGCAAAGGAAUUCAAGUCGUCUCAAUCACCAGCUGCUGUGCGGGCUCAAUCUCCAGUGGAGAAUACCUCAUUCUACUGCCCUGUUGCACCUGUUCCGCAGAUUCCUGUGCAUGCUCAACCCCCAAUGGUGGAUGGCUAUUACUGCUACCCUACUUCACCUAAUCAGCAAAUGCCGCGUGGCUAUUUCUAUUCCCGUGGUGGCUAUUGCUAUCACCCUGGUGGCUAUUACUAUUACCGUGGUGGUUACGGAAUGUAUCCACAGUAUAUUGGACCCGGCCAGCAGUAUGGUCAACCCGGUUAUCCUCAGAUGGAUUACUAUACCGGCCAGCAGUAUGGUCAACCCGGUUAUCCUCAGUAUGCACAAGCCCAGAAUUGUGAUGUUUUAGUAUCCGCAACAGCAGCAGCAGCCACGGCUGAUGGGUCAGCCUCGAAAAUCCAGAUAAUGAAUGAGGAGAGUAAUAAGAACCCGAUGGUGAGGAGGUUGCUUUUUCAGUCAAGACGUGAAGGAACUAACCCUCUGUUUUGGUUUAGGCUCUGUAAGGUUACAAACUACAAAGAGAACGAAGAGAGUCCUAGUGCUAGUCAUCCAAACUCAAUCUUGUCGAAGGCUUCGUGGCCUCUACCUUGCAUUGAAACGCCACAUUUCUAUGGUCUCAUGGGCCGGCUUUACCGUAUGCAUUAUCACAACACACGGUAG